AUGGCCCGCCUCAAACCCUCCAAUGUCAUCAUCAUCCACCCGGACCUGGGAAUCGGCGGCGCGGAGCGGCUAAUCAUCGACGUGGCGCUGGCGCUGCAGUCCCGCGGCCACAAAGUCACCAUCUACACCUCCCACCGCGACAAAUCGCACUGUUUCGAGGAAGCGCGCGACGGCACGCUCGAUGUGCGCGUGCGCGGCAACUCACUCUUCCCCGCGCAUGUCGGCGGACGACUACAUGUCCUCAUGGCGGUUCUGCGGCAGCUGCAUCUGACGGCGUCGGUGCUGAGGGAGAUCGCAACAGAAAAGGGUGAUUCGGACGACAUCUUCAUCGUCGACCAGGUCCCCGCUUGCGUGCCGUUUUUGAAAACGCUCGGCCCCCGCGCAGCGCGCAGCCGCAGUCGCAGUCGCCAGCGCAUCCUCUUCUACUGCCAUUUCCCCGACCAGUUGCUUGCGCGCCGGAAUGAGGGCGGCGAGCUGUUGCGGCUUGCGAAGACGCUCUAUCGGUAUCCGUUUGACUGGUUUGAAGGGUGGGCGAUGAGCGCAUCGGAUACGGUCGUUGCCAACUCGAAGUUCACCCGCGGGGUCGUGAGCGAGGUCUUUGGGAAGGAGAAGCUCGGUGAUGUUCGGAUUGUUUAUCCCUGCGUCGAUACCAAGGCUGGCGCGCCGGUUGGGACUGGUGAGGGCACAUUGUGGGGUGGGAAGAAGAUCUUGUUAAGUGUGAACCGGUUCGAGAGGAAGAAGGAUUUGGGGUUGGCGAUUCGUGCGUAUCAUCAUCUUGGGGAGGAGAAACGGAGGGGGACACGGUUGGUGAUUGCUGGCGGUUACGACAAUCGGGUCCAGGAGAAUGUCCAAUACCACCGAGAACUAGACCAGCUCGCUACAAGUUUGGGAUUACAGACCGCGACCUCUAAAACGGUCAUCUCUGCCCUGUCUAUCCCUGAUUCGAUCGACGUCCUUUUCUUGCUCUCCGUCCCAACCGCCUUCCGGGAUACGCUCCUCUCGCAGGCAAAACUGCUUCUCUACACUCCCAUCAACGAACACUUUGGUAUUGUCCCCGUCGAAGCCAUGCGCGCCGGGAUCCCCGUUCUCGCAUCGAACACAGGCGGGCCGUUGGAAACUAUCGUGGAAGGCGAAACGGGCUGGCUCCGGGACGCAACGGUCGUCGCUGAUUGGACUGCGGUCAUGGACCGGGUUCUCUACGGGAUGGCUCAGAAGGACUUGGACCGCAUGUCAGCCGCGAGCAAAGCGAGAGUAGAGAAGGAGUUCUCGCUGACUGCAAUGGGUGACAGACUUGAAGAGGAGAUUGCGGACAUGCUCAGCAAGGAAAGACGACCAUUCAGCGGAUUUCACCAGCUAAUCUUCGUCUUUGCCUUGUUGGGCAUUGUGUCUUCUGUUCUUGGCGUGUGGGCCGUAAAGGUGCUCUAG